GCAAACCGGUCAACCCGGAAGUUGACUAAUAUAAAAUGGCGAAAAUAGUAUAUUUCCAAAAUUAAUGUUAUUUUAAAUGUUAGAAGCGUUUGUAAUGUGACCCUUUCAUGGUUACGCGUUGAAAUGUAACCGUAUUUGGUUACAGCUUAGAAUAUCAGGCAUGAGGUGGAAUCUUCUCAACAUAUCGCACGCAAGAGCAUGUUUAACAGUCGUUCUUUGCAUUUUUGUCACUACCUCAGAAUGUAUCCUAGAUUUCCCCCAGACUCCGGGCGUGGUUUACAGCCCUGUGAAUGAAGAUGUGUCCAUUCCCUGUGCCCUGUCUUUCCCGGCUGAUGAAACCCUGGAACUUCUCAUGUGGUAUCAUGAUGGUGUCUGGAUACUUCACACUGGAACAGACCUUAAUGUCAAGUUCAGUGAUACGGUUCCAUCAGGGAAGUUUCGACUCGUCGACGACACCUAUACGCUACAAAUAAGGUCCGUUUACAAAGAGGAUACGGGGAACUAUACUUGCAAGAAAAGUUACAAGGCACAGGUGGAUGGAAGUCUCAAAUUUGUGGAGAAAAAUGUUACCACGGAACUAAUUGUUCAAGAUAUUCAUGACAACAGUUCUGUUGCUGACAACAGCAGCAACAGCAGCAGCAGUAGUAGUACCCUAGCAGAUCUUACAUACGCUGUUCAUUCAUCCGAUGGUGCUGAAACAAUGCCAAAUGUCACCGUUGACGAUUUUGUCGAUGAUGAUACUAGGUUACUAGGCAACACAACCACUGUUGCCAUGGCUACCAAGGACUCUUUGUCGCCGGAUGUGCCCAGUCCUCCAGGUGCUGUCAAGGUUAACGACGUCCAAUCACGAGAGUGCGUUGUGUCCUGGCAGGAGAGCUUGAAUGACAAUAACAGCCCCAUCACUCAUUACAUCAUCAAUGUUAAAGAAGUAACGGAGGACGAUUGGAAAAAAAGUCGCAGUUUAUUGGUCAACGGUCAAACCACGACUAUCAUCGUCCGAGAUUUGAUACCAUUCACUUACUACCAGAUUCGGGUGAUCGCGAAAAAUGCCCUGGGCAAUAGCGAUCCAAGCAUGUCAAGCAGUAUUUUUAACACCAAAGGAGAAGCCCCUGGAAAACCUCCGAAGAAUGUAAAAGCAACGAGUCCCGUCAGUACGAAAAUUCAGUUGACUUGGGAAUUACAGGACAAGGUCUAUAAUAAUGGGAUUCCGGAAGGCUACAUCGUGGAGUAUAAGAAAGUCAACGAAAUCGAGGUCCGAGCAUUUACCAUCGAGGGAGCAGCCACCACGAGCGCUUUGAUAGAGAACCUGACGCCAUUUACAAACUACAGCGUGAAGAUCCUGAUGUUCAAUGAUAUUGAUAACGGUCCAGCAGCCGAAGUAUUCGUCAUGACGUCGGAAGGAGUUCCGGCCAAACCACGAAUCAGCCAUCUGUCGGACAGGCAGUCCACGUCAUUUGUUGUGAACUGGGAGGCCCCAAUGGAGUACAAUGGCAUCCUGAAGAAUUACCAGCUGCAGUGGAUUCACAAUAAUACGUACAAGACGAGAAUCAUCACGGGCCAUCUGACACAGCCAAUGAGAGCUCUUAUAUCAAAUCUAGAGCCUUACACAUCGUAUCAACUGAGGGUCAGAGCUGAGACUGGGGGAGGCUACAGUGAUUACAGCGACCUGUACCCUGCACUCACGGAUGUGAAAGGUGCAAGCGCUCCCAAGAUUCUAAACGUCACUGUUUUAUCGCCAACGUCAGUGGUCGUGCAGUGGUCAGCGCCAGAAAUUGUCUACAAAAAAGUGGACUCUUACUUUAUCUACUAUCGAACAGACGGCGCGGAAACACCGUGGAGUAAUGAAGUCAUGGUUGCCGAGAAUGAGCAUACAAACAUGGGGAAUUGUAACUUCUACCUGCGGGUCCUCACCGGUCUACCAACGAACAACCACUUCAAGCUAAAAAUAGCCGCCAUCACCCAAAGUAUCUUCUCAACGGCAACAUAUAGGGGAGAUUACUCAGAAGAAGUCGCUUUUCAAUUAGAAGAUCCAACGAUGAUGACAGCAACAAAGCCCGAGACUUCCCAGGCCGGGAUGAUCGCUGGAAUAAUCGUGGGGUUUACCAUUAUGAUCAUCAUAGUUGCGGUUGUCAUAGGGUACAAGUCAAUGACAUGCCGUAAAUACACGCGUUCGCUGUACUACCUUGCCGUUCCAACGAACUCCCAGUCACCGCAAACAACAGUUGUGUUUCCACCUGACACAGUUGGUAAGAAAUACAAAUAUUUGAUGAAGUCAAUGACAUGCCGUAAAUACACGCGUUCGCUGUACUACCUUGCCGUUCCAACGAACUCCCAGUCACCGCAAACAACAGUUGUGUUUCCACCUGACACAGUUGACAGUGGGGCAAGCCAGUAUAAAGACAUCAUGGUGGGUAAUUUUCUCCAGCAUUCAAGGAAUAUGCACGCCAACAGCGAUGUCGGAUUUUCGACCGAAUUUGAGGAAAUUGCCACAAAUACUCGCACAAAUCUUCUCGCCGAACAGUCUGAUCUUCCGGAGAAUAAGCAUAAAAAUAGAUACGUCAACAUAAGUGCUUACGACCAUUCACGAGUGACUCUCCAACAGAUACAAGGGAAGCCAAAAUCAUGUGACUAUAUCAACGCAAACUUUAUAGAUGGUUACAACAAGCCAAAGGCGUAUAUCGCGACCCAGGGGCCGUUACCCCGCACGUUUGCAGACUUCUGGAGAAUGGUUUGGGAGCACAAUUCCAUUGUCAUCGUCAUGAUAACGAACCUCGUUGAGCGAGGGCGUCUAAAGUGUGACAUGUACUGGCCAAACGAGGGCCAGGAGACUUACGGCACGAUCAUGGUGAAACAUCUCAACACGAUCUCUCGUGCGCACUACACUGUCAGACUGUUCUCACUGAAAUGCUGCAAAAAUAAAAAGAAGCAGGUAUCGGAGCGUAUUGUUUACCAGUAUCACUACACAGAGUGGCCGGACCACGGUGUUCCCGAGUUUACGCUGCCAGUUCUCAAGUUUAUACAGAAAUCCUCCAGCGAUAACCCCCCAGGGGCCGGACCCAUUGUCAUACACUGCAGUGCGGGUGUUGGUCGCACAGGAACCUACAUUCUGAUUGAAUCGAUGAUCAAACAGAUUUUAGAUCGGGGAACGAUUAAUAUCCCCGCGUUCUUGCUGCAUAUACGGCAGCAGCGAAAAUCUCUUGUACAAACAGAGGAGCAGUAUAUGUUGAUACACGAUGCCAUAGCUGAGUGGAUCCUCACCCAAGGUGACCCCGAGAUCAAGGAGUCUGACCUUACCAAGCAAUUAGCUAGACUCACCAGGCAGGUCAAUGGGGAAAUUCCACCCAUUGAUAUCCAGUACAAUCUGGUCACAAGCUUCAGCCCACAACCCGAUGACAUGUUCCAUGCGUUAAAGCCAGUGAAUCUGUGUAAAAAUCGGGACCUUAAAUACGUGCCGCUGAGUGUAAAACGUGUGGCACUGCCUAUGGUGCCGGGGGAGGAAGGAUCUGAUUAUAUAAAUGCCACAUAUCUCCAGGGUUACACAAAAACGAAUGAGUUUAUAAUCACUCAGCAUCCCCUAGAGCAUACAAUGGAGGAUUUCUGGCGAAUGGUCUGGGAUCAGAACAGCUCCGUUAUUGUGCAGCUAUCAAAUGUUGAUGAAGUGGAGUACAAGAGUUUCUGGCAUGCUCAGGGCCACACCAUUGACAUCGGGGGGAACUUCAAAUUGACAUACCGUGAAGACGAUGACAGGAAGAAAUUCAAGGUUAAAGAGUUCCUCCUGCAGUCUAAUCAGGAUGACUACAUCUUGAUGACAAGGAUCGUCACAUGGAACGAUGAUUGGCCGGAGUCGUGCAGUCCACUUCAUCAGGUGUUUGAUUUCGUAGAUGAGGUUCAAACGUUACAUAAACACAAUGACAUGGGGCCAGUCAUCGUCGUAGAUAGGUUCGGGGGAGUGGAGGCAGCUACAUUUUGUGCGUUGUGGAGUAUAUAUGAUCAGCUACAAUAUGACAAGUCAGUCAAUGUGUACAUGCUGGCUAAACUCUAUCACCUCAAACGAGCAGGUGGAAUUGGCUCAAAGGAGAACUAUCAGUUCUUAUAUGAAGCUGCUGCUAGUCUUAGUGAGAAAUGGUGUGAACGGGACAAGCAAUCAUCGCCAGGGUCGAUACGGCUCCAUCUCGGCUCGAAGAAAAAUGGCUCAAUGCCUCGUAGUACGACAGCUAACAGUAAAGUAGAAACAGACGUGUGACAUAUUGUCACUUACUCACAAUUGGCUUUGCUAGACUCAUUAAAGUUGAUCAUUUCAUUAAGACAUUUUAUUUACCAGUAUCAUGGGUGUUGAAAUACUGGUAUUUAUGGUGGAAUAACCAUGACGUAUUGUGUGUCGGAAACCAUGGAUAGUUUACAUUUUAGUGUGCUAUAGAUUUAUUUGAUGUCCUCGGACAUUCGAAUUUUACAUGAGAUAUUAGUGGAUAAUUGUUUAGAAAUCCAUACAAAACUAUGGAUGGCAGAUAUAACAAGAGGAUUUGAUUCGAAAGGAGGAGGAUUUAAGAAACGACUUCAUCGGAAGAAAAUCAUUCAUUCAAAAAUGUGUUGUACUUUUUGUGAAUGCUUUCCAAUUGAAAACUCAACAGAAUUGAGCUGAAACCAAAAGCUGUGUGUUGUUUAACCAAUAUGUUGUGAUGAAAUUUAUGUUAAAUACUUGUGCUAGCUGUUGUGAUUUUGAUACAAAGGUGGUUGUUGAUGUUUAGACACAAAAAAACUCAUUUUUACAUGAUCAAAACCAUUUACAUAUUUAGGCCUAUCAAAAGAAAUAUCUGUGUUUAGGGCAACAGUCCCAAUCAUGCUGGGUAGGGAAGGGGCUAUUAUACUUUUUGCUAUGCCAAAAGAAAUAAAAUGCUUUGGUAAGGGUAAUAUCCUUUUCAAAAACAGGUAGGAUAGGUUUUUUUCAGGCUUUAUAUGAGGACGUUAUAGUCAUCAUUGGGAAAUGAUGUUAAAGUAAUCUUCAGUAUAAAGCUUUAAAGGUUUUAUACUUCAUAUUAAAACACACACACUUAUAUUAUUUACUUAUUAUUAUUUUAUUAUUUUAACAACUGACUAUCCAAACGGAAGGGCCGGCCCCUAUUUCAUAGGUAGGGUCGGGUAACCCAAACCAAAUCUUUUUUUGUUUUUAGACCCCAGUCAAAAACAGCUAAAUAAACAGUGAUGCCUACCAUUACAGUUCGGUGUAUUGUGUAUUAAUUAGGCAAAAAAAAUAUGUUUGUUUAGGUAAACCUUCUCAAAAUUUCUAGGUAGGGUAGGUAGGGAUUUUUUUUUUUUCAAAAUCUAUCGUAAGUUCAGAGUGUUUUCUUGCACAUGGCAGUCUUUCCUACAUUAAUGUCAUUGCCUGACUUUGUUUUAUCAUAUAAUCAAUAAUUCUGAUUAAAAUCUGCAUUUAUCCGCCCUUCGUAACUCUCUAUUCGCUAACGAAUAUUUUUUUUGCUCAGAAAUGGAAAAAAAUAGUUAGGGUCGGUGCAUUUUUAUAGGUAGGGUCGGGUUACCCGAAACAGACUUAUUUUUUUUUAGGCCUUUAAUAAUAAAUUCAUCAUGGUUUUAAUUGUAAUCAACACGAAAAGUCAACAACAACAGAUGUUAGAAAAUCAAGAUUUUUUUAUUAUCGGUUGAAAAAAUCUCCAGGGACAAGGGCUUUUGCCAGGUAGGGCAGGAUAGCCCUAAACACAGGUAUUUCUUUUAGGCCCUAUGAUAAAUUAUAAUAAUGGAGAAAUAUCUCAAAACAUGAUCUAUUUUAAAUACUAAUUUAGUGAGUUCCAAUAUACAUACAUGAAUGCAAGACCAAUUUUAAUUUAGUACUAAUAAAAUUGACAUCGUCUAUAUUUUGUCAAAUGUAGAACUGGUGCUCUGAAUGUUCACGAAGAAAUUAUAUUGAUAUUAUUUGGAGAUUAUUUUCUGUUCACAUGUAAAUCUCACAAAACUUUUUUUGAUAGAAACCCAUUUUCUUUCAUUUUAGUUGUAGAAAGAAAGGAUUCGAUCACAAAUAUAUAUUUUUAUUGAUUAAAGUCUUGCAUAUUUGGUUGAUCUUUUUUACCAUUUUUAUAACAAAAUUUGAUGAAAAACAAUGUCUCAUAGAAGAAUAAUGGCAUAUUGCAUGUAUGUGGUCUCAGUUAAAAAUUGUUGUGAAUUUUUGAAGAUAAAUAAAACUCUGUUCUUCUACUUCAAUGAAAAUUCUAUCAUUGUUCUAUUAAUAACUAAAAGUUUCAAUUUAUUAUAAGCUGUGAACAACUUAAUCCAAGCCUUUAAAACGAUAAAAUGAGAAAUUAGGAUUUUUUUGUUUUGUUUGUGAUUAUCUUGUAAAACUUUUUAAUAUGUUUGCUUUUAGCUUUUUAUGAAGCGGUUGUGGGUACGAUAGUUGACUAGAGGUACCAUCACUCCUUGUACUUUCUCAUGGCCUCUCAAAAAUGACAUCAUUAUUGGCUACUAGCCAGGAAAUAGACUCGAAAGUGGUUCAUAUCAACUUUCGGCUGUAUUCACAAUCGAGUUAAAAUAAAUAUCAUGGUAUUAUCUUAACCUUUUAACAAUGUACAAUAUUUACUGUAUAUGCCAGCAUAUACACAUGGCACUUAUUCCUGCCAAAUAUAGUGCCAUCGUUUAUUUAUCUUCAUUCAUUUUUUGUGUAAUCUUCCAUUCAUAUUAGCUUUUUUACUUGCUAUAGAAUAGCCAUUAUUUUGUACUUUUACAUGUAUAUACCAUUCAACUUCACUAAGGUUGAAAGCAAUGUAGAAAUUUCACAUAUUUUAAGCUUUACUGGCCAAAGGCCAGAAGAGCUCAUGCGAUUUAGCAUUGUCCGUCGUCCGUACUCUCUUGCGUUUGUAAACAAAUGCUUGUGAACGCGAUACUGUCUUCAGUCUUAAUCAAACUUAUUUAGUGGUUAGAUAACUAAAAGAAGUCUUUUCCCUUCUUAAUUAAACCAGCCAGAUCUGCCCAUGCAUGACUGGAUUAUGGUCCAUGAAAUGCUGCAGUAUUUUCUAAGGGAGACAACUUUGUACAGCGAGCUGUGUAUUACUGUAGUAGUUAUUUCCCUUUGCCCCAUAGCAAAAAUAUUUUCUUAAGGGAGACAACUUUGUUCAGAGAGUUGUUUAUAUUGUAGUAGUUCUUGCCCUUUUUGAGACAUGUUUCACUGAUUACUUUCCUUUGAAUGUGGGUUUUCAGUUUAAAACCAAAAAAAUCAUGUCAGUAGAGCAUAGGGUCUCAUGUUUAUUAACUUUGUUGAAUUCACUAUUUCAAAAUCAAUAUAUAAUAAUAAAGCACCUUGCACUUUAUUCAUGUUAACAAAAUUAGAUUGGUUUGUAUAUGUCAUGUAUACACUGUAAGAAGUUUUAGGGGUUUAGGACUUUUUGUUUUUACAUUUAUGUUGUAAGUAAUUUCGUCUUAACGAAGUCGUGAAAUCUAGUCGAAGGUUUACAACAUUUAGAAUUAUCAGAUUUUUUUCUCAUGGUUUAAGGAUUUAAAAUAACCUGAAAAUCAUAUACUGGAUGUUGUGAAUUUAAUUUACAUAAAUAACAUAAACAUGUAAAUAGUUAAAACAUAAUAAUUAUGUUUAAGAUAUGAUGAGCUCUUAAUUUUAAAAAAUAGUUGGCAGUUUUCAUACAUGUUAAAGAUUUAAUGAAGUUUAAAACUUUUAAAGGGACAAGACACCAGAUGAUACAAUUGCAAGAAAAAAGGAAAAAUUUUGAGUUGGCAAUUUUCAACAGUAAGAACCCCCGGUUGAAGAUAACAUGAGGAGUAAAGAAAACAUUCAUGAAAAAAAUGAUUGACAUAUUUUACAUAAUAAUAAUUUGUAUGGUUUACCUUUAUUCUUGUAUAUAUUGUGUUAUAAUAACACUUCACAUGUAUGCCCGAUAAAACAUGUUCAUCAAUGGCUGUAUGUGAAAGCUUUUGUACUAAUUUAAUAUGGAUUCAAUCUUCGUAGAUACAUCUGUAGGGUUUAAGCUUAAUUUGGAAUAUUGCUGAUUUUGGGAAGCACCCUUCUGCCGUCAUAGGACCACCAUGGUCACCCUUUUGCCUUCAUAGAGUGUAAUGCUUAAAGACUAUCAAAUUUUUUGUUUGUUUUGACCAUUACUUAUAAUAUGCUUAUAAAAACAUACAACUUACAUAGUCUGCAUUUUUCUGUCAAAUUAAUUAUAAACCUUCUUCUGCUAAUACAGCCAGCCCUUUUUUAAACCUUGCUAAAACCAUAACCAAAGACAAAAAUUUCUAAUAUUUGAGUUGUCAAUUAGUCACUCUAGUGGUAACUUAUUUAGAGAACGUUUAUGAUAUACUGUAUACUUAAAGCUUGUGUAAAUCGAAAUUCAAUGUUUUAUUUGUUGUAGAUAACCUGUUAUUUAUUUUCAUGUUGUGAGUCACUGUUACAUGUAUAUUUGAUUGCACUGGUGUAUAUGUUUUUUAGGUCCUCUGUUUGUCAAAGACAAAGUUGAAAUAUAGUCAUAACCUUGUCGUCAUUGGUGUGCAAAAACUUGACACUUGGCAAUAACUCAAAAGACUAUAUAAGAUAUUGAAAUGAAACUUGGUACACAUGUUAUUGGAGACGAAACGUGCUUGUACACAAAGGCCUGUUAACAACUCUGGCUUAAGCAAUUGCUGAGUUAUGCCCCUUUUUUGACGGAAAAGAGCAGACGAGCGAUGGCUCUUGUUAAAUGUUAGUUUUAGGCAUAAUGGUUGCAAGACAUAAUAAUAUUUUUAUACCUUUUAUUUGAUGUAGAGUUUUUCACCCUAACUUUUUCACAGUAAAAUUAUUGUCAAUUGUCCAUUAAGUGACAUCGUCAAGAAAAAUGACUUCUGUGAAGGAAAAAUCUAUGAAGAUAUAAUCCUAACUUGUUAAAAAUUUAUCGGAAAAUCUAUGAUUUUUCAAUUUCUCAUACUGAGGUCCCCUUUUCAAUAAUUUUUAGUAAGCCAUAGACCCUGAUGUAUAUUGGAGGUUAAUAAAGAAGUUAAAAAGACCUCCUGUUGCAACUAAAUUGUAUAAACUAUACGUUAAAUUGUUUGUUAUUGUGUGUUUCUUACUUGCCAGGUUAAAUGUUGAUAAAAUUUUAAAAAUUCAAUGUUGUGGAAGUUGUGAAAAUAUUUUUCGCAACACUAAUUUUGUUGCCUUUUACCAUGAAAUAUGUAGUAAUGUUUCUUUAAUCAAGAUGUUAGACCACAAAAAUAUUGUAUUAAAACUUCUUGACUGUUAAGUUACAUGGAAUGUGAUUAGCAAUUAGGUGAAAAACUUGUAUUUUGCAUUUAUAACAAAACUAGAAUAGUUCUGCAUAAUAAUGUAUUGUCUGCCCAAGAUCCAGGAUAAUUGUGGGUUUUUUCAGUGUAAGAUAGCAAGAUAUUUCACCAAGUGAAUUCCAAAAGUUAUACUUCACCAGUGGCUUUGGAUUUUUUUUUGGUGUUCAUGAGGCGAAAUAUAUUGCAAAUCUUAUACUGAAAGAAGUAUUUCAUCAUGCUUGUAACUAAUUAAAAAUGUUAUUUAAUUGUAAAACCUCACCAAAUUUGAGUUUAAACUUAUUCUGUUAAUGUCACCCAAAACGGUGAAUGUGAAUAUUAAUUUCGUUGCAACGGGUGUAAAUGUCAGAAACAGUGAAAAAAAAAUUUCGAUAAACUUUCAAACAGUGCGUUUACCAUGUUAUAAUCCACCAUUACUUUUAAAUAAACGACCAUAAAGCAUGACAUAAAAUAUCCCCUAAUUAUAUGCUUUUCUUGUUUCUAAACACCGAAUUAUCCUGAGCGGACUAUUUUAUACAUGUAAUAAUUUCAUGCGGAAAACAGUUAACCGAAAUUUAGAAUUCCAGACCAAUAUAACCAGUAUAUUGUAUAUCAAUAUUUUAUGCUAUAAACAUUUAAUGCACCAUUUCAUUCAUUGUAAUCAUAUUUGAAUGGCAUAUUAAGUUGUAAUGUUGUGAACUUUUUGUACGUGAUCUUGUACAUAACUGUUUUGUCAUAGUAACUUUAUUAAAGACAUGUCAUUCAAAUGAGAAUAAAACACUAAUCUCUAAA